AACUUCUUCUGUAGUUUGUCGGACAUUCUUUCGGUUCUUUUGCCAAGCGAAUGGUCGACAUGGCGAUAGAUAGAUCCCCAACAUGAUACAUUUGGACAUUUAUUUUCAUUUAGGCGAAUGUUUGCCGCUGAGCAGGUGCAGGGGCGUAGAUGAGAGAUUGGAAGAUCCAAACAUCGACAGGGCCGAUAUCAAACGUCAUAGUGUUAGAAGGGGUUGUUUAUUUUCACAAAUACCUGUGUCUUUGUUGGCGGGGGGGCAGUAUUUCUUUACUUCUUUGCACUUUACUUAACUUUGCUUGGAGGAAAGUAUGCCGUAAAAGAGAAUAAGGGAGUCAUUUAUUGCUGUAUUCAUAUACAUUAGACUAUAUUAUUAUAAUAUUAUUGGAAUAAAGUCAGAAUAUUACAAAAAUAAAGCAUACAAAGGUUACAGUCUUUAGGUAGAAAGCUGACAUUUGAAAAAUGAAAGAAAAAUGCAAAAAUGGGUGAAAAAAUUGUAGAGUGACAUUGAUCUGAAUAAUAAUAAUAAUAAUAAAUAGUUUUUCACCGACACGAGAAUGCUGAGAUGAAGUAUACAUACAAUGUUGCAUAUAUAGAUGUAGUAUAUAUAUGUAGUAUACAUACAGUACAUACAGUAACUUUCAUAUUUCCUCACCUUUGGGCACGCCUGAUUCAGACCCCGCCCCGCGUCCUUCCCGCUGAUGUGAUUGGCCCGAGUGCUCGGCGACCUCCAGUCAGGCUGGGGCACGCCCGCCUGCUUCGCUGAAGGCCACGAGGGGGCGUGGCAAAAGGUGUGAAAAGCCAGCAAACUAUGUGCCAUCCUGUUCAGACCUGACGCAUCCGCUCUUCCUCCGCAUCCUGCACGCCCCCCUUGGAACACCAUGGCGUACUCCACCGGCACGCUGGCGCAAGGCUGCUUCGGGAAGGUCUACCGUGAGAAGUACCGGGACACCUGGGCCGCCAUCAAGAAGGUCCCGCAGCAUCUGAUCAGCAGGAAGGACCUGGAGAGGGAGUGUGAGGUGUACAACAAAGCUGACCACCCCAACAUCGUCAAGCUGCUCGGCAACAUCAACCUCAAAGACGGGAAAUGGAUCAUUCCGCUGGAGUUCGUCUUCGGAGAGGACCUGGAGACCACCAUCUUCAAGGCGGCCAAGUCCAAAGUACAGCUCACGCCUGCUAACAGAGGCAAGAUCAUCGUGGGCAUGUGUGAGGGUCUGCUGCACCUCCACUCCAAAGACAUCGUCCAUCAAGACCUCAAACCCGAGAACAUCAUGGUGGAACACAACACAAACCGAGCCGUCAUCAUCGACCUGGGCCUGGCCAAGUUCUUCCGCAGCGGCCUCAACUCGGCCGUGGACAUGGGCAACGAGGCCUACUCGGCCCCCGAGGUGCUGCAGAGGCGCAGCCAGCGCGACCAGCGCUCCGACGUGUGGGCCAUGGGUAAGAUCAUCGCCGAGCUGUGCGCUCGCGUGCGCCUGCACACCCCCAGCGUGUGCCCCGCCAAGGUCAGGGAGGUCAUGCGCGAGCAGCCCUACUGCCAGGCCGUGUGCCGCAUGGUGGAGAGCAACCCCGCCCUCAGGGCCUCCAUGCUGGGCGUCAUCACGGACAUGAGGAGCGCCGCCGCGGGCGUGGCCCGCCUCAACUCGCCUUCGCCUCACGUUCCCGGGAGGAACCGCUCGGCAUCGCCGGCUCCCAGGGGAGCAUCCCCGUUCGACAAAGAUCUGUCACCGGCGAGACGGGGAGCGUCCCCCUUUCAAAGAGAGAACCGGGGCCCCUCCCCGCUGGCAUGGGAGCGCACCCCAAGACCAGAGCUGAAAGUGGGCCACCACCGAGCCAGACACUUCCGCUCCCUGUCCCCGCACAGGACGGAGGUCCACAACAAGAACCACCAAGCUCCGGUCCCAGCCGGUGCCCUGGACCUGAGCAAGGACAUGCUGAAGAUGGGCCUGUACCGGGACGCCGCCCGGGACCUGCCCUGCAACCUGCCCGCCACCGGCCGCGUGCUGGUGCGCCGCUUCGAGGAGAAGAACGGCGCGGUGGAGACGUGGGAGCAGAAGGAGGUGGUGACGCGGGACGGGAAGAUCGUCAAGUACAACGACGUCACCUUUAACAGCUCAUAAUGGCGGCGGGCCGAGUCCGCGCCGCACGGAGCCUCGGGCGCUUCGGGCAAAUAUUAGCGUUGUUUUAGCAUGAGCGGCUUCAAAAACUGUUUGGGUAUUCCAAACGCUUUCUCGCGCCUUCCAGACCACAAGAUGGCCUCCGAGGGAGUCCACGCCUGAGCCAACCUGCCAGGAUGGGACAAUUCCAGACGUUCCUGUUUUCCAUGCUAAUGUUGACAGGGGUACCACCUGGAAGUGGUUGCUAUGCGACUACGGCCAUUUUGACAUGCCUGCUCCCCCUGCCGGUUUGGUGUGGGGGUUCCAACGUGGGACCUGUUCCCUUUUUGGGUCAUCACGGGUCUGCACUAGGGCCCGGCCUUAUGGACCAAAACUCAUAUACCCAUAUAUUUAGGUUAUUUAGUAUACUAUGUAAUAUACCGUAUAAUAUACCAUGUAAUAAACCAUAUAAUAUACUGUAUAAUUUACCAUAUAAUAUACUGUAUAAUAUACCAUAUACGUAAUAUACUGUAUAGUAUACCAUAUAAUACACCAUAUAAUAAACCAUAUAAUAUACCAUAUAAUACACCAUAUAAUA